UCCUAACGACUGUUGUUGUUCAGCACAAUAGGUAAAGAUUAAAAUAUCAGACCCUUACCACCCCUCUCGAACAAUCACCAUCAAGCAAAAUACUCUGAUAGGUGGAACGACAACUGAUCGAUGUGGAUUAGCUUGAAGCGACAAGUUGUUCACAAACUCACAUGCACACAUAAGCGACAGAGUCAACUAUAAAUAUUCAGUCAGUUAUGGUUCUUUAUCGAGUUACAGAAAUGUGUCGCAAGUGCUUUGAACAGAAAUGGCCAUCAUCACUCUCCUACCAUGAUGACAAGUUUGAAGAAGAGACGUUAAAACAAGACAGAGAAAUCAAAGAUGUCGUGGAGGGUCUUCACCAACUAUCACUCCCGUGUCGUGAUGACAAAUUUAAAAUAAGAUCAUCAAGACAAUGUGAAGCCGAACGUGUUAUAGACGAUUGUAUGAAUGGCUUGGCUGUUGUAGGGGGUGUAGUUUUGGGAGCGGCUGCGUUGUUCGGUAUUGGGCUCGCUGUUGGUCUCGGUUCGAAAGAGUUGAGACGUCGCAGAUAUUGACUUGAAAUUUCAUUAUAUGUCAUAAAAUAAACAAUCAUUUUUAAUCCAAACUUUCUUUUGACUAAAGCUCGUUCCUAUGUCACUUAAUACUGAGUAUUUGAGAUAUCAUGAAGUUGAGAACGAAUCGUUUCGCGGAUGGUGG